AUGGAACAGCUCCAACGGUCUUCUUCUUCUUCGGCUAAAUCAUCUUCCAAAAUCAACGGGAAGGUUGUCAUUAUCUCUGAAGGCCAAUCGGCUCCUGGAAAUUCACUUUUGCUUCGGAUCUAUAGUUGCACUGAAGACACCCCAGAUACAGCAGAAUCUGGCGAAGGGAAGUUCAGUGAGGAGGCAUACCUCAAACAUGGAGAAAGCAACGACUUUGAUGGCAUGAAAACCACAACAUAUAAAGUGAAGUUUCAAGUGAAGCCAGACUUUGGAAUUCCAGGAGCUUUGGUCAUUAAAAGCCAACAUAAGCAUAAACUCUUCCUUCAGUCUGCAACUCUUGAAAUCAUCAACCAGAAUAUCCACUUCAACUGCAACUCCUGGAUAUACCCUUUCAAGAACACAAAUGCAGAUCGAAUUUUUUUCUCGAACACAAGUUAUCUUCCAAGCCAAACGCCAAGUGGUCUAAGGGGACUGAGGAUGAGAGAACUUGGACGAUUGAGAGGAAAUGGAACUGGGGAGAGGAAGGAAUGGGAUAGAAUCUAUGACUAUGACUGCUACAAUGAUCUUGGCAAUCCUGAUAAAGGUAGAGAACAUGCGAGGCCUGUCUUAGGGGGACCUCUGCAUCCAUAUCCUCGCAGGGUAAGAACAGGUCGACCCCCGAGCAAUCAAGAUCCUCUAACUGAGAGCCGUCCGGAGAAAGGAAAGUUAGACAUAUAUGUUCCUUCGGACGAGCAGUUAAGCCCCAAGAAGCUGUCUGAGUUGAUAUCAAAUGCAGUCCAGGCUACUCUACAUUUCCUUAUCCCUCAGACAGUCCAAGAUUCUAGGAGUUUUAGUUCAUUUGAAGAGACAAGCAGCAUCUUUUCUGGAAAAAGAAGCCAAGUAGCGGAGAAAUGGGUUAAAGAGACAUUAAAGAAAAUGGUACCAGAUAAGCUUUACAAAGAAGUUAUUCAUGCAAGCAAGAAAAACCCAUUGAAGUUUCCAUUGCCUCAAAUUAUUGCAGAAAACCAAUUGGCAUGGCUGGAUGAUCAGGAGUUUGGGCGCCAAAUGCUUGCUGGAAUUAAUCCAACACGUAUCAAGUGGUUGAAGGACUUUCCACCAAAAAGCAAAAAAGGAAUGUCUAGUUCAAUAACGAUAUCACACAUAGAGCACAGCCUUGAUGGCGUGCCUUUUCAUGAGGCCAGAGGUAGUAUGGUCAUCUUGGAUCACCAUGACUACCUAAUGCCAUUUUUAAGCAGAAUAAACAAAGAGGGUGUUUGUGUUUAUGCAUCUCGAACACUACUAUACUCAAGGAGUGAUAGCACGCUAAAGCCAUUAGCGAUAGAACUUAGCUUGCCUGGCUGCUCUUGUGGCAAUCAGCAGAUCAAUAGGGUGUUUGUUCCAGUAAGUGAGGGCACUGAAGCAGCAUUGUGGCAGCUUGCUAAAGCUCAUGUUGCAGCCAAUGACUCUGUUUAUCAUCAACUAAUCAGCCAUUGGUUGAAAACCCAUGCAGUAGUCGAACCAUUCAUCAUUGCCACUAGAAGGCAGUUGAGCGAGAUGCACCCAAUCCAUCGUUUACUGGAUCCUCAUUUCAAAGACACCAUGCACAUAAAUGCAUUGGCUCGGAGCAUCCUCAUUAACUCUGGAGGUAUCCUUGAGAAAAUAUUGUUUUCUGGCGAAAUCUCCAUGGAGUUGUCUUCUAAGCUUUACAAGGAGUGGAGAUUUGAUGAGCAGGCCCUUCCUGCUGAUCUACUCAAAAGAGGUUUGGUCCAAUCAGAUCCAAAUAGUCCCACCGGAGUUGAGCUCCUCUUCGACUAUCCCUAUGCAGUAGAUGGACUUGACGUAUGGACUGCCAUCAAGACAUGGGUCACAGAUUUUUGCUCCAUCUUCUACAAAGAUGAUGACUCUGUCAAGGCUGACUCAGAACUCAAAGCAUGGCGGAAGGAAAUUCGAACAGUAGGUCAUGGUGAUAAGAGUUAUGCACGGUGGUAUGAAAUGACAACUUGCUCAAACCUAAUACAGAUUCUGACAAUUCUCAUAUGGAUCACCUCUGGCCUCCAUGCUGUGGUGAACUUCGGGCAAUACGCAUAUGCUGGCUACCCGCUAAAUCGUCCCGGACUAUGUCGAAAGUUCAUUCCAGAGGAAGGAACAUUCGAAUUUGCUGAGUUCCUAAAGGAUCCAGACCAAUACUAUCUUAAGAUGUUGCCUGAAAAAUUCGAGAUGAGCAUUGGUGUAGCAUUAGCGGAUGUCUUAUCACGGCACACAUCAGAUGAAUUGUACUUGGGUCAGAGGCCAUCAGAGUGGACAGACAAUGAAGAGGUUCAGCAUAAAUUUGAGAAGUUCAAUGAAGAACUUCAAAAGAUAGAGAAAAAAAUCAAGGCGAGGAAUAGGAAUCCUGAGCUCAAGAACAGACAAGGUCCUGCCAAAAUUCCAUACAAUCUUUUGUAUCUUGAUACAUCAAAUAUUGGAUCCAAAGAGGGCAUCACAGGAAAGGGGAUUCCUAACAGCAUAUCCAUUUAACAUGUUAUGAAACAUAUCCUUUAUAUUUGUAUAACCUUAAAUCAAAACAAAUGAAGUCCCACCCCCAAUGUGUUACUCUAGCUCUACAGGUUUGCAGGU